AAUUCGACUGGUGAACCCGUCUACAGAAAGGUGGCAGUGGUAGAAAAUUUCUUCGACAUCAUUUACAACGUUCACGUAGAUCUAGAAGGCCGUCCUGGAAAACACGCAGGGCAGAAAAGAACAUACCGCACUAUAACAGAGACGUACGCCUUUCUGCCACGAGAAGCCGUCACACGUUUCCUCCUCGGCUGCACUGAGUGUCAGAAGCAUCCACGCUCGCCCUCGCCCGCCUCGGUGCUCCCCACGCCCAGCCCCAGCCCCACUUUGCCGCCGCUCCAGCCCGCCGCUGCGGCGCCCCCCGCGACCCCCCGGCCCCCCCAGGAGGCGCCGCCGCCGCCACCGCCGCUCCCGGACGGGCCCCGCCAGAGCCUCGCCGCCGUUGACCACUCGCCCGCCCCCCCGGCGGGCCGCAGCGGCUCGCCCAAAAAAGAGACACCGUUAAAAACGAGCGCCCCCGAACCCAAGAGAUCUAGCAACCCGCUUGACGUGUCUAAUCUCACGUCGCGCGAUCCCCCCCGCAGCCCGGCGAAAAAGAGGCAUCUGAACAAUCUGAGCAGGACGGGCCCCAGAAGAAGAGGAGGAUGCUCACGGCGGCCGGGGACAUCGAUUACUCCCUGCCCAUCACCACCACCUACUUGA